ACAAGCAUAUUCACAUUUCAUUUUCACACCCCACUUUUGUUUUCUUCUUCAAUUUUCAUAUAAAGAAAUAGAGGUGUACUACACACUAUGAAUUUGUCAUUUAAAAUAAUUAGAUCUGAGAAAUGAUUUAUAUUUAUAUUUUUGUUUUUUCCUUCUCUUAUCUCACUGACAGCACUUUAAAUUAUAAGUAUUUUGCAAUGGGUAUUUUUAAGUACACAAUAAACUGUGACAAAGUAAAAUAGUAUAGAUAAUUGCUUUUAGUUGGACUAUCCUGGGUAGUUGCUUAUUGGAGCUAGUUCUUAAUAUAUGUAUAUAUACAUGUAUCAUAGCUGACUCUGAAAUUCUGAAUCUUGCAAAGGGGUGUAAGUUUCAAGCAGUUGUUUAUUAAGCCAAUGGUGUCAAUUGUGAAAAAUUUCUGGGUAUCACCUUAUUUUGCAUUAAAUUCAGAGAACAAGUACCGGUUUCGAGCUCGAGUUGAGAGUUCAGGUAGUCAGGAUUCAGUGGUGUUGUCUGCAGAUUCUGUUAGAGUUAAUGGGUUUUCUUCUGUUGGGGAGAAAGAGAGACUUGGGUCUUUGAUUGGUAAUCACUAUUUGGAAUGGCGGUUGGGUACAAUAAUUGGUGAGAAUAAGAAGGGGGAAGAGGAUGUUUCAGAAAAAUUGGAGGCCUUGUGGGAUGAUGGGUAUGGUAGUAAGACUGUCAAGGAUUACCUUGAUAAUGCCAAGGAAAUUAUUAAGCCUGAUGGAGGGCCUCCCCGGUGGUUCUGCCCUGUGGAGUGUGGGUGUCCUUUGAAAGAUUCGCCUGUUCUUCUGUUUUUGCCCGGAAUGGAUGGUCUUGGAUUGGGCCUUAUUUUGCACCACAAAGCUCUUGGGAAAGCUUUUGAAGUUCAGUGCCUGCAUAUUCCUGUUUAUGACCGAACACCAUUUGAAGACUUGGUGAAAUUUGUGGAAGAAACUGUGAGGCUCGAACAUGCUUCAUUUCCAAAUAAGCCAAUUUAUCUGGUGGGCGAUUCCUUUGGGGGAUGCCUAGCACUUGCUAUCGCAGCUCGUAAUCCAACCAUUGACCUGGUAGUAAUAUUAGCCAAUCCAGCGAGUUCAUUUGGCAGAUCACAGCUGCUACCUUUGUUCCCACUCCUGGAGGCUAUGCCCAAUGAACUUCAUAUCACAGUGCCUUACCUUCUUAGCUUUGUUAUGGGUGAUCCGAUGAAGAUGGCAAUGGUGAGCAUCGAAAAUACACUUCCUCCUCCUGCAAUCCUUGAACAACUAUCUGGCAAUCUUACUGCUUUGCUUCCUCGCCUUUCUGGCUUGGCUGAUAUUAUUCCAAAGGACACUCUUCUUUGGAAGUUGAAGCUGCUUAAAUCAGCUGCUUCUUAUGCUAAUUCCCGUCUCCAUACCAUUACAGCUGAAGUGCUCGUGCUUGCUAGUGGCAAGGAUAACAUGCUUCCUAGUGGGGAUGAAGCUAAAAGGCUCUCGAGGUCAUUACGAAAUUGUAAAAUUCGUUAUUUUAAGGACAAUGGACACACUAUUCUAUUGGAAGAUGGCGUUAAUCUGUUAACUGUUAUUAAAGGUACUUGCAAAUAUCGUCGUUCCAGGAGACAUGAUUUUGUCGCUGAUUUUUUGCCUCCUAGUAUGUCAGAAUUCAAACAGACAUUUGCAAACUAUGGAUUGCUUCGCACUGUUACCAGUCCAGCAAUGUUCUCAACUUUGGAAGAUGGAAAGAUAGUGAGAGGUCUAUCGGGGGUUCCAAAUGAAGGUCCUGUCUUAUUAGUUGGUUAUCACAUGUUGUUGGGGUUUGAACUUGGUCCUCUUGUUGAAGAAUUCUUGAUGGAGAAGAAUGUUAUGAUUCGUGGUAUGACACACCCAGCAUUGUUUACACACAGGGCUGAAAGUCAAUCUCAUGAAUUUACCUACCUUGAUUUGCUAAAAGUAUUUGGCGCAUUACCUGUCACACCAAGCAACCUUUUCAAAUUAUUUUCAGCGAAAUCACAUGUACUUCUUUAUCCUGGUGGUGCCCGUGAAGCUCUCCACCGUAAGGGUGAAACAUACAAGUUGUUUUGGCCUGAUCAACCUGAAUUUGUGAGGAUGGCAGCAAGGUUUGGGGCUACAAUUGUACCAUUUGCAACUGUUGGAGAGGAUGACAUUGCAGAACUAGUUGUUGAUUAUGAUGACUUGAUGAGAAUCCCCGUGGUGAAUGAUUACCUUAGGGAAUUUAAUCGAGACGGUGUAAGGUUGAGGACUGAAAUGGAGGGGGAGAUCGCCAAACAAGAUUUCUAUUUCCCCGGGCUUUUGCCCAAGAUACCUGGCCGCUUUUACUAUCUAUUUGGGAAGCCAAUACAAACAAAGGGAAAGGAAGCGAUGCUAAAAGACAGAGAAAAUGCAAAAGAAUUGUAUUUGCAGAUAAAAUCAGAAGUUGAGCGGAAUAUUGCGUUUUUGAUUAAGAAGCGAGAGGAGGAUCCUUACAGGGGCAUUAUUGAAAGAAGCAUAUAUCAGGCAACUUCCGGGCCUAUACAAAACAUCCCAACAUUUGAACCAUGAAAUACUGGUUAAAUCAUUUACACAUUGUUUUAUGCCCAACAAUGGCAAACAUUUUUUUUCCCUUCUUGCUUUUUCAUGAGGGUAAUAUAGGUAUGAUAGGUUUGUUCUUCAUUGUAAUUCAGGGGUAGCAUUCUCAAAAAAAAUAAAAAUAAAAUAAACAUUAGAAUAGAAGCAUUGUUUUAAGUUGGUAUGUAACAUUAUUACAGCAAUGUGCCCGUAAAAUGGAAGAAGAUAUGGUUUUAAGAUAUAUAUUUGGGAGGCUUCUCUUCAA